AGUGUAUGCUAAUAAUGAUCAUUAUGAUGAUUAUGAGUUUUAUUCUCCUAGCAAAAAAUAUCAAUUAAGUAAUGAUGAAGUCAAAAAAUUGAAGGAAUGCUAUAGUGCUAUUUAUGAUAUGAACAUAAAAAAUAUCAAUCAUGGACAUAUAAUCAAAUCUUUAUAUAAUGCAAAAGGCAAAGAAAAUCUAAGAAACAAUAAUUUUGUUGCUAUUAAUAUGUCAAUUGAUUUAAAUUCUUCAAGAAGAAAUGCACCAAAAAAAUCAAAAGAAGUUGUCAAAUUUGCAAAUGUCAAAUAUUUUAUGGUACAUAAUUAUAAAGACAGAGAUCGUAUGCUUGCAUGUGUUCAGUUUACUAGAAAUGUCAUUACAGAUACCUAUGGAUUAAAAUCCUUUGAAGGUUUUGGUCCUUCUGAAAUAAUUGAAAUAAUUGGCAUUGACCACUAUGUAGGUUUUAUUUCCUUUAUACCACCAGGUAGAAAUUGUAAUGUCAGCUAUAUUAUUGAUAAUGAUGACAUGGAUUUUUAG